AUGUCAGGAUCUCCGCGGCCAAGUCCUACGCUGGUUAUUAGCGAACUUCCUUCCAAAACCCUGGUGGGUAUUGACCUCUUUUCCUUUACAUCAACGCCCAAUUUCUAUGGAGUGAAAGAUCUGCCUGAAGGGUCCCACUUUUUAUAUACCGGCGCAACAGAGAGCUUUUCGCUUAGAUGUGGUGAAUGGCUUGUUGUUCGUAACAAUGGUGAUAUUGGCAAUCCACGGCAGCUAAGCCAUGAAAUUGACAUCGGCAUUAGGCUCAGAAAAUGGGACAAAGCGGUUGAGAAUAUUGUGCCUCUAGACGAGAAUAAUGAUUUGGGAAGACAAGAAGCUAUGAAAAUAAGAGCUAAUCUGGGGGUAAUCUGGGCCUCUGGUGGCUUGCUUUCAUACCAGUCACAAUUAAAUAAGGAGCGAAACCAGAUCAGGGAUGAUGGAGAUGGACGAAGGUUUCAUAGCACCGAGCACAGUCCUUCCCGAAUAGAUUGGCAAGAGCUGUCAUGUUAUAUCACUCCGAUGGUGCUCAAUCGUAUCCUAGGAGAAGCGGAUUUCUCUAACCCCCACGUUGAAGAACGUUGGACGAUUUCCUCUGGAAGCUCCGCUGCAAAAGAUGCCGACCAUAUUCCCGGCCUGUCCAAAAUAGACACCGCCAAUACGAUAGGAAUUGCGAGUGAACACGGAAAAGAGUUGAUGUUUCUUCCUAUUGAUCUGAAGCGUACAUGGCGAGAGGGAGCUAUAGGGCGCGAACGUACAGAGGCGGCUCAAGACCGCUCGUGGGCACUUGGAGAUAUCAUUAGGCAUGUUAGCUCGAUAUCUCAAUUAUCUUACGCUGAUAAGGACACGACAGGGGAAGAGCAGCUACUUGGUGAACUACAGUUUACUUUUCUGAUGGUUCUUACUCUCAUGAAUUUCUCCUGUAUGGAACAGUGGAAGCGACUGCUCAGCCUGGUAUUGACGUGCAGAAGUGCGAUAACGGAGCGAGAACCGUUUUUCGUCGAAGUCUUACAGCUUUUAAGGCUCCAGAUGAGGCAUUUUGAUGAUGUUGAAGGCGGGUUGUUUGAGAUGGACGGUGAUGAUAGUGGAAUUCUACUCAGGAAACUUCUUACCACUUUCAAACAGUCUGUAAAAGAUAUACAAAGCGGUUAUGGGACAAAGGUUAAGGAAGAGCUUGCUUGUAUGGAGGCUUGGGUAAACUCUCAAUACGGAUGGGAACUAUCGAGGGACUCCAUUGUGCGUCGUGGCUUAGUGGAGCUAGAAGAUGGAGAACAAAUUGAAAUGGAGCUGAAUGGGGCGGAGGCGGAAGAUGAGACGGGUGAAUAUGCUCCUGUUAUUGUUGAACUUGAAGAAGGCUCCGAAGAGUCCUCAAAACCUGACAUGGACAUGCAGAUGUGA